AUGCUCGACGCCUCAGCCUACCCACACAUCCUCGAUACUGUCCUCGCGCACGCCGACUACACCGCUCUCCUAUCGCUGCGCACCAUCUCCAGAGACGUCCGGGACGCAGCCGACGCGCGCCUCGCCACCCAUGUCCGUCUCCACAUUCCGUGUGGAGUACACGUCCACUCUCCCGGCCCACUAAUGGAUGUCAAGAUAGACGUGCGCCUUCUCCGUGAACGUAUGCGGUGCCUCGAAGUACGCUCGCUCAUCUCUCCCGGCGGUAAAUUGCCAGUGUUCAUGGACUGGGCUGGGGCCAUUGCCCCCGUCCGCCGCUCUCCCCGUCCCCAACCCCAACCCCACCCCCCAUAUCCCGACGCCUCCACGCCGGCCGACGACGCGCGACGACUUGCCGCGCGUCGCUCCCGGCGGGCAGUGAGGGUGCGAUGUGCCGCCGCCUUAUCGCGCGCCAAGGUCGUGGAUGUCACAUCCUUCCCGGCCGCGUGGAUGCGCGACGGCGCGCCCGACCUCGUCAAGGCACUCAAGGCGGAUACGUAUCGGUUCCAAGAACCGUGGUGCGCUUGGGGUCGGCCACUCGAUACGGCGGCCGGCGUGGUCUUCACUCCCCUCCUAGGGCGAUUUGGGGAGUGGGUCAUUCCCAUCCCGUUCACGACUUUCCGCGGACCACGCCUCACCAUCAACCUCACUGGUUUCCGGGUUCUCAACCCCGACGAAGCCGCGGUGUUUCCUCCAACAGCCGACGCACUCGUCUCGGCAGCUGAGAUCGUCGUCAAUUUCACUGCUCUUGCCGGUAAGGAUAUGCCGGCAGGCCAUCUUGGCCUGGUGGUCCCGAUGGCGCGCGUCGUGUUUCGUAACCCGACAGCGCGAUUCAUUCUAGUUGGUGCCGAAACUGUUGACCCAUCCAUUCUAGUUGGUGCCGAAACUGUUGAACCCCUCGUCUUUGGAUAUGAGUGUGCAGAACGCCAGGACCCCGACCAACUCCGAAGCAGUAUUGUCAAUGUAAUCAACGUCUACGGUCUUACCAGCUGGUACCCGAAUUACUGGAAUGCUGAAGCCAUCGAAACCCUCCCGAACCGCAUCGCCAUCCGCACACUCGAAGAGUACAAGGCAGAGAUUGGCGAGCAACAGUACGCCCUCGAGACUACAUUAUAG